AUGAACAACACUGAGGCUGUGAAGAGGAUGACAGACCAUAAAGAGGAAUGGCUGGGAGCUAUGGGGGAUAAAGCAGUGGUACGGACACCGUCCUAUGGGGCUGUGGUGCAUGGAGUGAGCACCAGAAUGGAGGUCUCAAACAUAACUGAGAUGGAGGACAUGAUACACUGGAACAACCCUAGCCUGGAGAAUGCAAAGAUGUCAUUUAUCCUCUCUUUUAUCGUUUCGGCUGUGGCCAGUCGGGCCUCGCUUGACAAGAAUAAUAGGAUUUCUGGCUUCCUGGCUCUUUCUAAGACCACCAAAAAUGGCUCUUAUUCAUCUUUGAUUUUCUGA